CAAAUGACAAUAUGUAAUUUCGAUAUAGGUGGAAAUCUUUUGUCAAAUUCUGGGCAGUCGAUAGAGCAACAAGAUGGUCUGACAAAUUUCCACUCCAUCCACGAGAAACAAGUCGCCGUUUAAUCGAAUUCGUAAUGAUUAUUCAGUGGCGAUCGAUGAUGGAUAAUUUGAGCGACAUUUACUAUCUCGUGCGGCUCAUCAUCCGCCAAGUUUCUAUAUACUUACGGGAUUUGAUUUUGUACAAGUUCUUCUGGAUAGCGACAAACAAUGAAAAUUUCGACAAUUCGGAUUCGAAACUUCGUAGCAUAACAUUAAGGAACGUUACCACAGAUAUCCUAGCCUUCUCCGUCAUCUGUAUUAUCCUUUUUCUACUCGUAAUCCUUGCGUCGAAGUGUGAGAAGGACGAAGUGCGAAACGUUUUCGAAUCUGCGGGAAUAGAAACAAUCACGGUAGAACAUCCGGAAGACCAAUUCUGCGUUUCGAACGUAACUUCCAGUUCGACAAAUUGCGUUCACGCAUGCGGUGACUCGAUUUUCUCCCGUGGACGAAUACAAAACAGGAAUUACUCCGACGAAGAUAUAUCCAGAGUUCGUUCCUCCAGCAAGAAAAGGAACACGAUCCCGAAGAAAUCGAUUUUCGGCUUGAACGUGGCCCAACCGCAGAAUUCUCAAAGCACCCAAACCACCGAUAAAAUAUUCUACAAGAACAAUCAAAAAUGGUUGAUAAGACGAACCAGGAGCGGCCAUAUCUACGGGAAAUAUCCAAUAUAGCGGAAGCCACGUCCAUUCCUUUUGAUAUUUUUAUUUAUUUAUUCAAUCCAUUUUCCAGAAGGCGAA